AGGCAAUAUAGAGCCCUUACUCUAUUUCCCGCGCAAAUAUCCGUCAAUUUUUAGCUACCCAUUCUCCCCCAUUUUCCUGUGCUUCAGUCGGUUCAAUUUCAACAAUUACCUACUUCUUCAACCUCAAUCCCAUUAUUUCUGCAACUUUUUGACAUAUUCGAAUACAAUAAUGGUUGAUUUGGGAAUUGAAGAUGACGAUAGUAGCUUGAAGAACAGCAAGACCGAUUUGCCGCAAACCCUAACCCUAAAUCUUCCCGACCACAUCCUAAUUGAAGAAAUUCUGGCACGACUCCCGGUAAAAUCCUUAAUUCGGUUCAAAUCUGUUUGUAAGUAUUGGUUAUCUAUCAUUUCUUCCCGCAAAUUCGCAAAAUCCCACCUGAAAUUCUCUUCGUUGCGCCCUCAAUUUCUUUUUCUUUCUUAUACUCCCUAUUUUUGCGGGAAGGGGGAUGAAUUGUCUUUUCUCUCAAUACCCUGUAAAGAAUUAUGUACUAGGAAUGAUGUAGUUGAAUUAGAGUGUGGAUAUAUUGAUAAUUUCCCUGUACUAGUUGGUUCUUGUGACGGACUCGUGUGUUUGUGUGAUAAAGACGAGUAUGCUGGUGUAUUAUGUCUAUGGAAUCCUGCUACAGAUGAAUGUCGUGAGAUUGCUAAUCCCGAAAAUAUUCCCAAUGUUAUUGCUUAUGGUUUUGGUUCUGUUUCUUCCACUGAUGAUUAUAAGAUUGCAGCUUCAUUUGGGUCGCGUAGUGAGAAAUUUCGUGGUUUUUUCGUGUUUUCUGUACUUGGUAGGAAAUGGAAAAGAAUUGUUGGUAAAUUUGAUGGGCAGUAUCUUUCUCUUGCCGUGACAUUAGAGGGCGAAGCACUGUUUAUUGAUGGAACUCUCUACUGGCCACCCAGAUGUAUAGAGCGUUUUAACCGAACUAAGGCCAACCACAUUAUUGGCUUUAACUUAGAAAGGGAGAAAUUUGAAGAAUUCCCAUGGAUAGAUGAUUUACAUAGGUACAGAGAGGUGAAAUUGUUUCGAUUUAAAGGGUGUUUGACAUUCCGCGGUUGUAAUUGGAAGAAUACCCGUGAUAUUUGGGACUUUUGGAUGUUGAAGAAACCUGGUGGCUCGAGUACUUGGGAGAAAUUGUUCACUGUUGAUCUUACAAAUGUCGCCUUUUUGAGUUUCUCUGUAACAGAUAAGUGUUUGGUGCGAUAUUCUAGGAGGUUCAAGUUAAUUGACCCGUGUAAGGAAGCUCUGGAACGUGUCCGUGGAAAGGACGAUUUUGCUGAAGACGCAGAAACAAGGGAUUACGUUGAGAGUCUUGUUUCUACUUUUGUUACAACCAAGUUCGACGAGGAGGAAUCUGAUUAUGAAGACGAGGAUGGCUAUGACUGUGAUUGUAACUGUGACUGUGACUGUGACUGUGACUGUGACUGUGACUGUGACUGUGACUGUGAUGGUGAUGGUGAUGGUGAUGGUGAUGGUGGUGGUGGUGGUGAUGGUGGUGGUGAUGGUGAUGGUGAUGGUGAUGAUGAUGAUGGUGAUGGUGAUGGUGAUGAUGAUGGAGGCAAUGGGAGUGAUUUUGAGGAUGAUGAUGGCAUUGAUAAUGAUGUUGAAGACGUUGUUGGCAAUGAAUGUGAUCCCAAGGAUGAUAAUGAGGCCAACAUUUAUUGGGUAAGUUCUUCGGAUUAUGAUAAAGACAGCGAUGAGUACAAGUAUGCUAUUCCAUCCAAAGACGAUGAUGAUGAUGAUGAUGAUGAGGAUGAUGAUGAGGAUGAUGAGGAUGAUGGAUUCUAGUAGCUAGAAACUAGAAUUAACUUGUAUCCUUGUAAUGGUAGCUUAAGGAGUAAAUAAACGUCUAUGUUAACAUAAUUUUCUUUUCCAUUCUGUGUUAUGAUAAAUUAUUAGUUUUGUCCUCAA